AUGUCGACUCGGCAGCUACGGAAGCUGCAGCGACAACGAGAGCUGGACCGGACCGAUGAUUUGGUUGAGAAGACCUCUGAUGGGGAGUCGGACGUUGAAGAAGCCGUGCCAGCCAUACAACCGCGCCCUAAUCUUUUUGCUGCCUUGGGCGGCGACGAUGAUGAUGACGGCCUGAACGAUGAGGAGAAUCAAGGUUCCGAGGAAGACGAGACUCGAUUUGAGGGACGACAAGAAUUAAACAACGAGACUCAGCUUCCGAAGAAAUCUAAAAAGAAAAAGAAGAAAGCGAAGAAGGGUACCAAGGCAACCAAGGCCCACGCGGACGCCGCUGAGGGAGUCGGUGGAAGGCAGGGGGAGCCCAGCGAGGAAGACGAGAUCGACAAGGCCAUCAAAGCGUUGAACAUUUCUCCAAACAUGUCCAGUGCGUACGCGGCGAAACAAGAGAGUAAAGGGACGUACCGAUGCCGUCUGAACGAACUACUAGGCAUCAACACGCACCACCUGCGGCCCAUCAACGAGAUGAGACAGCUAUUCGGUCGCGACGUCAUGGAAUCGGCAUCGACGGAGGAGCAGCAACACGAAAACAAUCGACGCCGACGGAAUGCUACGCAACAGCAGGAUCUGGAAACGUAUUUGCGAGAACCGCUAGGGGCGCCGAAACUGCCGCAGGUAUCACUUCGACGAAACGUCUUCGUCCAGGGGCGUGAUCAUUGGCCGCGCCAGUCUGCCGGCGGGUUAACUAUGGCGGAGUUGGACAAGUCACCGGAUGGAUCCUGGACCCAGUACACGUACGCGCACAGCAAGGACUACGACGGUGUCCAGGCCUUGUUCUUCGCGUGCGUGCAAAUCGGAGACCCGAUGCGAAUGGUUCAUCUGCUCAAACGAUUCCCGUACCACGUGUCGACUUUGCUCCAGGUGAGCAGCGUCGCGAAACAAGACCAGAACAUGGCCCUCGCGGGUGAGCUGUGCGAACGGGCUCUGUUUACAUUUGGUCGAGUGACGACGUCGUCGUUUAGGCAAGACAUCGAACGGGGACAAGCCCGGCUGGACUUUUGCCGACCGGAGAACAGGCAAUUUUGGCUCGCCGGAUACCACGAACUGAAGAGCCUCAUCCAGAAAGGCACCUACAGAACAGCGUUGGAGUGGUCCAAGCUUCUCUUCGCCAUGGAUAGGCAGGACCCCUACGCCAUGAGGCACUUCAUCCACGUGCUGGCUCUCAGGGCCUACGAGUCUCAAUGGCUCAUCGACUUCCUCGACGAGGCGGAGGCGGCGGGUGACCAUGGCGAUUUCGUGUACAUCCGACAAAGCCUCGUGCUGGCAAAGCUGCAGCUUGGCGAUCCGGAAGGGGCCCGUCGGAGCCUCGAACUGGGCCUCGACGCACCACCGUCCAUCUGGGGUGUCAAGCCUGACUCGGACGCACAAUCAUUCUGGGUCAAGUUGUACCUGCACCAGACCAAGGAUUUGUGGAACAACCCGCAGGCGACAGGGCUUGUUCAGGACGUCGCACAGGGGCUCACCCGAGCCGACACGACAUCGCUGAAGACGGAGGAAAUUCCGGUCGACCUCGGGGCAACCAGAUUAGGAUACCUCGAAGGGCAGACGUCCCUGUUGGCGGUGGCACCGAGGGAAUUAUUAAACAGGCAUCCAAACUACGAGUUUGAUCCUCUACCACCGCCACUGGAGGACAACAUACUCACGGGCGAGAGUGCGCGAUGGCCGUGGCGCGAGCGGUCGGGACCGGACGACGGUCGGGAUGCAGCGUUGCUGGCCGAGAUGCAGGACCUGAUUUUUGGGCAGCCGCCGCUGGGACGUCUAGGGCCACUCGAGGACGAGGAGGACUACUCCGACGACGAGAUACGUGCCCUCCGCGAAGCAGACGACGAGGAGCUGAGGAGGGAUAUCGAGGACAGCAUCGGCGGGAACAGCGAGCCCGGGAUUCUGGCGAUGCUGAUGCAGAUGCUCGGCGUCAAUCGGGGCGCCGGAGCGGAGAGUGGCAGAAACGACGACGACUCGGAGGACGAAGCCGACCAAGCGGAGGAUGCGGAGGAUGCGGAAGGGCUACCGGGAGCCUGGCCGAUGGGCGGCGGCGGCGGCGGCGGAGCGAAUGCCACGAAUCCGACGGACGAGGCUCGUCGGUGA